UCAGGGGACGCCGCCGUCCAUGCCCCGGCACUGGGUCCCCGACUGCGGCCCCGGAGCAGUCUGGUGGCCAGAUUGUCCAGGAAGAGACAUUCUGAAGCAGUAAGAAAGGAGCCUUUCCAUUCGGGACCCUGAGCGGCAGCUGGAGAUGGGGAAUGGAUUGUCAGACCAAACUUCCAUCCUGGCCAGCCUGCCCACCUUCCAGUCCUUCCACAUCGUCAUCCUGGGCUUGGACUGUGCAGGCAAGACCACAGUCUUGUACCGACUGCAGUUCAAUGAAUUUGUAAACACUGUACCCACGAAAGGAUUUAACACGGAGAAAAUCAAGGUAACCUUGGGAAACUCCAAGACUGUCACUUUUCACUUUUGGGAUGUAGGUGGUCAGGAGAAAUUAAGGCCACUGUGGAAGUCCUACACCAGGUGCACAGAUGGCAUCGUGUUCGUGGUGGACUCCGUGGACGUGGAAAGGAUGGAGGAGGCGAAAACUGAACUUCAUAAAAUCACUAGGAUAUCAGAAAAUCAAGGGGUCCCUGUGCUUAUAGUCGCUAACAAACAAGACCUGAGGAACUCACUGUCACUUUCGGAAAUUGAAAAGUUGUUAGCGAUGGGGGAACUGAGCUCAUCCACUCCGUGGUACCUGCAGCCCACGUGUGCCAUCAUAGGAGACGGAUUAAAGGAAGGACUUGAGAAACUGCACGAGAUGAUCCUCAAAAGGAGGAAGAUGCUGCGACAACAGAAGAAGAAAAGAUGACUAUGAGUACCUCUUGUAUGUAUAUGGAGCAGGCUUGCCCUGAUCUGAUUUGGACACAUGGAAGUGUCCUCAGCCUGGUUUGCCGCCUGCCCUGGAUGUUACUUAAAGCUUUGUUUUGUUGAACAGUCAGAUGCCCAACUCCGUUGCCUUGUGGAAUAUGAAUAAAUGCAGUACUUCUUA